CGGGGCGGGGGGCGGGGGGCGGGGGGGACGUCUCAGCCUGGCAGCGGCGGCGGGAAGAUGGCGGCGGCCGUUCCCCAGCGGGCCUGGACGACGGAGCAACUGCGCAGCGAGCAGCUGCCCAAGAAGGACAUCAUCAAGUUCCUGCAGGACCACGCUUCGGACUCGUUUCUCGCAGAACACAAGUUGUUGGGAAACAUUAAAAACGUGGCCAAGACAGCGAACAAGGACCACCUGGUGACAGCCUAUAACCAUCUUUUUGAGACGAGGCGUUUCAGGGGGACUGAGAGUCUCGGUAAAGUGUCUGAGCAGGUGAAGAGCGCGAAGCUCCAUGACGACAAACCCAAAGAAACCAAACUGGAAGAGGCUGCGGAGGAGGGUCCACCAAAAUAUACAAAAUCUAUACUGAAAAAAGGAGAUAAAACCAACUUUCCAAAGAAGGGAGAUGUUGUUCACUGUUGGUAUACAGGAACACUCCAGGACGGGACCGUCUUUGAUACUAAUAUUCAAACAAGUUCAAAGAAGAAGAAAAGUGCCAAGCCUUUAAGUUUUAAGGUUGGAAUAGGCAAAGUUAUCAGAGGAUGGGAUGAAGCACUCUUGACUAUGAGUAAAGGAGAAAAGGCUCGACUUGAAAUCGAACCAGAAUGGGCUUACGGGAAGAAGGGCCAGCCUGAUGCCAAAAUUCCACCAAAUGCAAAACUGAUUUUUGAAGUGGAAUUAGUGGAUAUAGACUGAAACAGUGCUUCAGAUCUAAAGAUUUCAGCAACAACAAAAGAUGGUCGUUAAGAAACUUCUGAUUAAGGGGAGAAUCAACUGGAAGUUCAAGAAGCUGAAAUCAUUUACUUGAUCCAUCUUUUAAGGAAUAUAUAAGCCCUUAUUUACCCCUUAAAUCUAAAAUAUUUUACUACAGCUGUGUAAAAUGUAGUUAAGGAGAACUGAUACUCCUUUUGCCUCGUGCUAUAAACUUAAAGGCUGAAUAAAAAUGAAUCCAAUGCCGUGA